CUCCCCCCCGGGGCAGGCGCUGGGCUUCGCGGCAGCACGCAUGCUCAGACUGCGGGGCGGACGACGCUGCGAGCAGGGGCCGGAUGGCGGGCGCGGUUAUUAAAUGCAAGGCUGCUGUUGCCUGGGAGGCAGGUAAACCAUUAUCUAUUGAAGAGGUAGAAGUUGCUCCACCAAAAGCUCAUGAAGUUCGGAUCAAGAUUGUUGCCACUGCUGUUUGUCACACUGAUGCCUACACUCUGAGUGGUGCUGACCCGGAAGGAUGUUUCCCAGUGAUCUUGGGUCAUGAAGGAGCAGGAGUUGUUGAGAGUGUUGGGGAAGGAGUAACUAAAUUAAAACCAGGUGACACAGUCAUCCCUCUCUAUGUCCCACAAUGUGGAGAAUGCAAGUUCUGUUUAAACCCUAAAACCAAUCUCUGCCAGAAGAUAAGAGUUACCCAAGGAAAAGGACUGAUGCCUGAUGGGACCAGCAGAUUCACCUGCAAAGGAAAACCAAUCUAUCAUUUCAUGGGAACUAGCACCUUCUCCCAGUAUACUGUUGUGGCUGAUAUCUCAGUUACUAAAGUAGAUGCUGCAGCUCCUCUGGAUAAAGUUUGCCUGUUAGGCUGUGGCAUUUCAACAGGCUAUGGAGCUGCCAUUAACACUGCCAAGGUGGAACCUGGUUCUACCUGUGCUGUAUUUGGUUUAGGAGGAGUUGGCCUGGCCGUGAUUAUGGGCUGUAAAGUGGCAGGAGCCUCCCGGAUCAUUGGUGUUGAUCUCAACAAAGAUAAAUUUGCAAAGGCCAAAGAGUUUGGAGCCACUGAGUGUAUCAAUCCUAAGGACUUCAGUAAGCCCAUUCAGGAGGUGCUAGUUGAGAUGACGGAUGGUGGUGUGGACUAUUCUUUUGAAUGCAUUGGUAAUGUUGGUGUCAUGAGGGCUGCCUUGGAAGCAUGUCAUAAAGGCUGGGGAGUCAGCGUGAUAGUUGGAGUAGCUGCUGCAGGUCAAGAGAUCUCUACCCGACCAUUCCAGCUAGUGACUGGGCGAACUUGGAAAGGGACUGCCUUUGGAGGUUGGAAGAGUGUGGAGAGCGUACCAAAUCUGGUAGCUGAAUAUAUGGCAAAAAAGAUCAAAGUCGAUGAAUUCAUAACUCACAAUCUGCCUUUUGACAAAAUUAAUGAGGCUUUUGAACUGAUGCACACAGGGAAAAGCAUUCGAACGGUUCUGAAGUUUUGAGGAGUCAGAAGAUGGAUCCUGCCUGUCCUACCUGCCAUAGUCUACUAGUUAAACCUAAGGUUCUUGAAGAGAACUGGGAUCAGAAAGACACAGAUUCCGGUUGGGAUGGGAAAACCACCUGCUUCAUAAUCAUAGUCUCUUAAAUGUUAACUGAUCUCAAAAUAACGGUAAAUGCUAAAUCCAGUUGUAUAAUUAACCCUGGUUCCAGACUUUGUUCCAUGUUAGUAAAGUCUGAAUUUUGACAGUGCCUAAAUCAUAAAAACUACUUAAUAAAAAAGUAUAUUUCUCAGUA